CGCCAAUAUUUACAUUUACAAAUGACAGUAGUGUAUGUUGAAGUCAGAAACAGCUGCUGAGUUCGUCAUCAACAACGACAAAUUGGGAAUAAUAUUAAGUGAUUUUAAGGCGCACCUCUAUUAUACUAUAACCUUUUAAAUGGAAAUCGUAGAUACAUAUUAUAGUAAAGAUGAAUAUGUGGAGACAGCUUCUGGCAAUAAGGUCAGCAGGCAAACCGUUCUGUGUGGCUCACAAAAUAUUGUACUAAAUGGAAAAGUUGUAGUACAAACCGGUGCAAUAAUUCGUGGUGAUUUGGCGAAUGUACGUACGGGUCGUUAUUGUGUUAUAAGCAAGAAUGCUGUCAUCCGUCCGCCCUACAAACAAUUCAGCAAGGGUAUCGCUUUCUUUCCUAUGCAUAUAGGGGAUCAUGUAUUUAUUGGUGAAGGUGCAGUUGUAUCGGCGAGUUCAAUUGGAUCAUUUGUUUACAUAGGAAAAAAUGCAAUAAUUGGCCGACGUUGUGCGCUUAAAGACUGCUGUAUUAUAGAGGACGGUGCUGUGCUGCCGCCAGAAACAACCGUUGCCAGUUAUAUGCGUUACACAGCUAAAGGAACCAUCGAAGGAGGUCAAGGUAAUCCAAAUUUUGUUCCAGCGGCAAUGCAGGAUCAAAUGGUUGAUUAUACCAAGUCUUUUUACGAGCAUUUUUUGCGAAACCCACAAGCCGGUUAGAAACUCCUAAUUAUAUGUUUAUUUAGAAGUAUUUUAGUCUCUUAAUGAUUUAUAUAGGUAAUAUUUAAGAAAUGUUUCAAACAGAUAAUUUCUCACCUUAUUGAUAUUUAAAAGUAUAAAUAAAUAAAGUGUUAAUA